UUCGUAACAAUUCCAGCGUACUGUUUUCACAUUUACAAGGAUUCCCUUCUGUUUUUUCUCUCUUGUUUUGACUACGGGUCUUUAGAAGGUUCUCCCUCUUAAUAUCUGAGCGCAUAAGGGAGCAGAUUGACGGUGCUGUUUGAAUCUGGGUGUAUUUCUUCCACCUCUUUCGGGUUUUUUUGAUUUCCUUUGCUGUCUCCUUUCCCUUCGAUCAUUGGUUUCUCUCUGAGUCACAACAACCGCAGAGUGUUUACCAGCAGCCUCUUUAACACGUUUGGAGGAAUAGACUGGUGUUGCGAUUCACGAGGAAGAUAUCUGACGAUACAGACGUUUGGAAGGUAUACGAGGAGGACGAAGCCGUCGAGGUGACUAUUUGCAACGUUAAAUGGGAAAUACAGCCUCGCAAGAAGAGAACCACAACAACAAGCCAAUUGGAGACCACGCUCUAUCACCACAGUUCAAGAGCAGUUCACAAACAGGUGUCCACCCACUUCUUAACCCGAAGUGCGUUGAGAACACGAAGCCAGAACCAACGGCGCAGAACAUCACGGUAAUGGCUCAUAGCUUUAGUAACAGCAUGGCUGAAGAAGGAGAACAAGGACAACAAGCACACCACGGGCACGAGCAGCAGGACCAGGAAAUGUCCGGCAUGGGACAGAGUUCCGUGAAUAUUGCCUCACAACCGAGCGCAAUGAGCAUCGACGGGGGAGGUGAUGAAGAACAGCAAACACUACUGAGACGUAGGUCGACUCUAAUAUUGACUGAUGAGCCAGAGUUUGAAAAGUUGAAGAUGGCGAGAGCUGACGAAAGCGUGCCUCAAUCACAGGAUACCAGCGACCUGACUGUUGACAAGAUGGAGGCGUCGGACUCGAAAAGCGCUACGGUUCCAGUGGAGAUCAAUUGGUUCCAAGGAGGUGAGAACGUUUUCAUUACAGGUUCAUUCACUGGUUGGAGAAAGAUGAUCAAGUUGAUCAAGGAGAACGACGAAAAGUUUAGCAUAAAGUUGAAAUUGCCUGUGGGAACACACAGGUUCAGGUUCAUCGUGGAUAACGAGCUUCGCUUCUCGGAUUAUUUGCCAACCGCAACGGAUCAGAUGGGGAACUUUGUGAAUUAUAUCGAAAUUCAAUCCCCUGAGGCAUCACAGAUCCAAGAGCAAGAAGGUGGCGUACCUGCGAAGAAAGAUUCAAAUCUGGGUCUGACCAACGACGAUGACGAUAUGGGUGGUGGCUACUCGAGAUUCCAUGAAGAGGCACUGGUUCAACCGAAAUACGAGUAUGUGCGUAGCAUACCAGCUAUAUUCACAGACCCGUCUGUAAUGGAGCAGUACUACGUGUCAUUGGACCAGCAGAACCAAAAUCAGUCCUGGCUGACACCUCCACAACUACCACCACAUCUGGAAUCCGUGAUUCUCAAUAACUAUUCGAAUGCUGAUAAGUCAAACGCCUCUGGUGCUCUACCAAUCCCAAACCAUGUUGUGUUGAACCAUUUGGCCACCACGAGUAUCAAACAUAAUACAUUAGCAGUCGCCAGUGUGGUGAGAUACAAGCGCAAGUACGUCACGCAGGUGUUGUACGCCCCACUACAGUGAUACAAUUUGUUCAUUAAUGGGACAGUAAACGUACAAGAGUGUUCUCUAGAUCGUGAUGUGAAUUAAUUGGAGUCUUAGACAUAUUUGAC